AUGCCGAGGCGCAGAUCCGCUCGUAUCUCUGCUAUAGCGGCCGAAGAUGGGCCGGUCGCCAGCUCAGCUGGAAACACGGUUUGGGGUGUGGCAGAGAUCCGCCAGCUCAUCCUCCGCUGGGUCCCGAAGGCGAGUCUGCCGGUCGUCAUACGGGUGCAGAAGAGCAGCAUGCCGGACGUGGCGAGGGAGCUGUAUCACACGGUGGAUUAUGAGCGGGCGAAGAAGCAUAUGAACAAUACCACGAGCAGACAGCGCAUGUACUGCUCGUUGGUACAGGUCAUCAACGCUCGGAAGAUGCCUCUCAGCGCGGCGGUCAUCAAGUCGCUCGAGGCGGAUCCUGCGAUCCAAAGUGACGGCUACACCCGGAAAGAGCGUAUUAGGGACUAUUCCAAUCGCUAUUACCCAGAGGUCUUUGAGAUCGCGGAUCGCCCUCUCCUACGCCGUUUUCCCAAUGUCCGGCAGAUACUUCACGGCGGUCUGUUCGCCAACGCGCAAAAGAAGGACUCGUGGGUGGUCCACAUCCAUCCGCCCACCACGUCGGAACCACCCUCCCCCUCCUCUCGAGCGUCCUCGUCCUCGCUGUCUCCCCCUCCGCCGGAUCUCGGGCACAUUGACUACGCCGAGGGCUUCAACUUCAGAAAGCUCACGGAUCUGGAGUUGGACCUCGGGCCACUUCCAGUACCCCCGGCCGGCUACACCAUGACACGUCGUCUGGAUGUCAGCCUCUAUGCAGGCCACUCCGAAGCCGACCGGCCAGAAGAGUACCUGGCCGCCCUCAAAGAGCACACGCGCUUUGCCCAUCUGCACAAGUCCGUCCACCUGGGAGGCGUGUCCGCGACUCUUACCGAUAUCGGCGACCUGUACCGGCGGCAAAUCGCCUCGGCAGCGAAAUAUCGCCUGGCCUACAUACACGCUGAAAACUGUCACAUCGCGGACCUCGCGGACCUCCAGACAUUCGCGUCUAUCGCCUGUACCUCUUUGGUCAAACUUCAGCUCGUAACGCCCGGCCGUGGGACGUACAAGCCGGACAAGACGGUCCUCGGUUUCGGUGACAUUCCCGCUCUCACCCGCAUCAUCCGGUCGUCCCUUCCCAACCUUCUCCAUCUCAGCAUUGCGCUUGCUGGGAUCGAGUCGGCCGAGGCGGACUGUGCGGCGCAGCUUUCUGCACACUCGCUCGACGACGGAGGGACCCUCACCAAGCUUGAGAUCCUCGCGGCGAGGCAGCGCGUCCCGGUAUACAACGUUUUACGUGCGCUCUCGGGGAUGUGCACCGGUAAAGCAAACAUCUACGUCGAUCGCGGGACGACGUAUUAUCCCUGUGGCGAUGACGACGAGCAGGAAGACGUUUGGUUGUGGUGGGCGCAAAAAGACUACCAUUCUUAUCUCCGCAGUCAAUCACCCGCUCGCCGCCAACACCUCGCAACCAUGGACUUCUCCACCCUCGACAUCUCCACCCCCGCCCAGGUCCUCGCUCUCCAAUACGCAGAGGACGGCCGACCUCUGAGCCGCACAGCCGGGAAAGUGCGGGCGUGGAAGUCAGCGGUCCAGGCGGUAUCUAAAGGGUUGACGAGGGACUUCAUCCCGAUCCUUACAAGUGGAGAGGCCGCAUUGGUUCAGGCAGCCGAUGGGUUCGAGGCGGCCGCUGGUGAUGGGGACACGGCCUUACUGCUUGCUGCGGCGCAGAGCCUGCAGACAGGUUUGCUUGUGAUCAAGGUAGUCGGGGGUUUGUUGCAGAAGCUGGUGGAUACCAAGACGGAGCGGGAUAUCCAGGAUUAUAUCAACUCGCUGAAGCGGAAGUUGGAAGAUCAAAAGGAAUGA